CGCUAACAGUUUGCCGUAAAGCACCCAGCAGCUGUCGUAAAAAUGGACGUACGGCAGCAGGGACCUAGAUGCCGCUUUAGGAAGAUAGAUUACUAAUAGCUAGUUAGCUAGCUUGCUACUUGUAAAUAAACUCGGCCAAAUUAAUAAUGUGUUAAAGCAACCAUAACUGUAAGCCGCACAACGUACUCAUUCUAAAUGUCCCGUAAAUAACACGACAUUCAGGAGCGUUUAUUCUGGCUUGUUCAGGCUACGCGAUUAGUAUCGUUAGUUGAUUAAGUGGCUAGCUUAAGUACUGAUACUUUGGCUAGUUACAUGGCAUCGUUCAACGGAGACGUAGUUUCUGGGGGGAGCCAGGUACUGGUGGAGGUCAGUCCCGAUAUUCACAUCUGUGGCGUUUGCAAGCAGCAGUACAACAAUUUUGAGGUGUUUCUCGCCCACAAACAAAAUGGCUGCCACAUUCCCUCGUCUGACACGUCUGCCACAUCAGCUGUUCCUACCGUCACAGAUUCCGGCGCGGAGUUUGUUUUUGAGGAGACCUACCAGGCCUGCGUGGCAAGGGGCGUCAAAAAGACGCAAACCAAAGCACCGAAGAUGCCGGUGAAAAAAUUAAAACCUGCGCUGACUGCAAAGAGACGUAGCUGCUGCUUCACAGGCUGUUCCUUCAAAACACAGUAUGGUCAGAAGGACAUGGAGCGACAUCUCAAAACUCACACGGGCGAGAAGCCGUUCGAGUGCGAGGUGUGUCACAAGCGCUUCAGCCGGCGGGACAAGCUCAACAUGCACAGCCGCUCGCAUACGGGCGAGAAGCCGCACAAGUGCAAGUACUGCGCCUACGCUGCCGCCGACAGCAGCAGCCUGAAGAAGCACCUGCGCAUCCACUACGACGAGCGGCCUUUCAAGUGCCAGAUCUGUCCGUACGCCAGCCGCAACUCCAGUCAGCUCACCGUGCACCUACGCUCGCACACCGGCGAUGCCCCUUUCCAGUGCCACCAGUGUGAGGCCAAGUUCAAGAUCAACUCGGACCUGAAGAGGCACAUCCGCAUCCACUCGGGCGAGAAGCCGUACCAGUGCGAGUUCUGCGAUUACCGCUGUGCCAUGAAGGGCAACCUCAAGUCGCACGUGCAGAUCCGGCACAGCACAGCCGACUCCUUCCGCUGCGGCCAGUGUGACUUCCACUGCGGCAGCAAGAUGGCGCUGCGGCAACACUCGCGCGAGCAUCAGCCCGCGCAGCCCAUUAAGUGCGGCAAGUGCAGCUACUCCUGCUCCAGCAAGGGAGCGCUCAAGAUUCACGAGCGCAUCCACUCGGAGGAGCGGCCCUUCAAAUGCGAUGCGUGCGGCUUCGCUACCAAGCAGCGCAGCAACCUUGUCAUCCACCGCAAGAAGUUCCACUCCGAGGGGGCUGAAAAGGGUGGGGGCGGGGCAGGCAAGGCGACCCGCGGCGAGGAGGCUCCCAAGCCCAUCAGCUCACGCUACCGCGCCCGCCUGGACGCUGCCCGGGCGUUCUGCUGCGAUGUCUGCGGCGCCUCCUUUGUGCGGGAGGAUUCACUGCGCAGCCACCGCAAGCAGCACCGCGACUCGCAGCUCUCCCUUCUGCAGGCCACCGAUCCCGGCCGCCCCACGGACCCCAGGGCCCUGCAGCCCCCCCAGUUGUCCGCCUACAUUGUGGGCCACCCGCUGGCCCAGGACGGCACCUUUGUGCCGGCCACUGUGGAUGUACCGCGGGCCAAAGGCAGCCCCGUGGUGCUGAGCCCCACUGGGCCGGACAUGGUGGUGCAGGCACCCAUGAUACAGCAGGUUAGCUUGCUGACGCCCGUCCAGCACGUCCUGCCGCACGCUGAGGUCGGCGAGACCCUGGAAUCCCAGGCGGUGCUGCUCACCCACCUAGGCCCCGGGCCCGGGGACCCGCUCCACCAGGCCCUCCUGCAGAGCGCCGCCGUCAGUGGGCACGACUCGGCCAGCACCCAGGCCUUCAUCACAGCCUGCUCCGACCUGGAUGGCCUCAAUGCUCUCAUCCAGGAGGGAGGCACUGAGGUGACGGUGGUGACUGAGGGGAACGCCGGCGUAGGCGUGUCUUCCUCUGUCGCCGCAUCGACUGCCUCCCAGGAUCUGACCAAGCCGGUCCCCGAUGACUCUGCCCCCGGUGCAGACGCCGGCCUCGUGGUUCCCAACCUGAGCAUCAGCUCGCAGGGCGUCAUCAUCCACAGCCUACCUCUGGUCGUCUCCGCUCCCCCGCAGGUGUCGCCGCAGGGCAUGUACCCAGACGCACACGCGCUGGACAUCACCAUCGAGAAGUGAAUCACCGGCCUGAGCACAUCCGACUGGCCUGUACAUGCCAGCUGCCAACUGAGAGAUAUUUAUUUUCAGAAGCUGCUCGCUGUCCGUCUAAGGAGGAGACGUGGGAUCCCAGCGUCACAGACACUCACAGGCUGGGGGUCUCGCGUUCGGAGGACUGAAACACAGAUAGGAUGGUUAUUUUUUCAGAACUAGUAGACUUUGGGAUUUUGCUCCCACCGCCGUUGGGAUCGCAGAAUCGGAAAAGUUUUCUGUCAGAAAUGCAGACUCUGUGGUUUACCGCUGGCAGUUUCCCCGUCUGUCCAUAUUUCUGUCUAACAACACGUCCCACACUGAACACACUGAAACCUAGUAGCUGCUGCAUUUGAUCAUUCCGCAAGGCUUCCAGUGACACAAAAUCAGACCCGUUAAAUGUGGACUGUUUUCAGGUUGGUCAGAAAAGGCAAAUAAAGCUUAAUUUCUUUGGUUAA